AUGUCGUUGGUCUCAAAUAUCAUGGACUGCCUUCCAAUUGGUGAGAGUGAGAGGGAGGCAGCUCAACCCCGCGAACCGUCGCAGGAGGAGAUCAAUACGCUGAAACGUAAAUAUGAAGAGGCAGGACAGGGACAUGUGUUUACCUUCUUCGAGGAGCUCAAAUCAACCGAAAAGGCUCGUCUCUUCGACCAGCUCUCCAACUUUGAUCCAAACCGCAUCAAUGAGCUUGCCAACACUGCCCUCAAUCCCCCCGCCGCCACGCAAGGUGCUCAAAAAACCACCGUCGAGCCCUUGCCGGAAUCCUCCACGGCAUCCAUGAUUGACUCAGAUAGUGACUCUUUACAAAAAUUCUAUAAUACCGGUCUUGAACUGAUCGCUGCCAACAAAGUGGCUGUGGUAUUGAUGGCUGGCGGCCAGGGGACUCGGUUAGGUAGCUCCGCACCAAAGGGUUGCUUUGAUAUUGGCCUUCCAAGCAAGAAAUCACUUUUCCAGAUACAGGCAGAGAGAAUUAUAAAGCUGCAGCAAUUGGCUCAAGCGUCAUCGGACAAGGACAAGGUUGUUAUCCCUUGGUAUGUAAUGACCAGCGGCCCAACGCGGCAGCCCACACAGACGUUCUUUGAAAAGCAUAACUUUUUUGGCUUGGAGAAGGAGAAUGUUGUAAUAUUUGAGCAAGGGGUAUUGCCAUGCAUAUCCAACGAGGGGAAAAUUUUAAUGGAGAACAAAUCAAAAGUGGCAGUGGCACCUGAUGGCAAUGGCGGCAUAUACCAAGCGCUUUUAACAUCUGGAGUUCGAACAGACAUGAGGAACAGGGGAAUCAAGCAUAUCCACGCCUACUGCGUUGACAACUGUCUCGUGAAGGUUGCUGAUCCCGUCUUCAUCGGUUUUGCAGCCUUCAAAAAUGUCGAUAUUGCUACAAAAGUCGUACGCAAGCGGAAUGCCACCGAGUCCGUCGGUCUCAUUCUGCUGAAGAACGGGAAACCAGAUGUCGUGGAAUACUCCGAGAUAGACAAGGAAACCGCUGAGGCCAAGGAUCCCAAGCACCCUGACGUUCUCAAGUUCCGCGCAGCGAACAUCGUGAACCAUUACUACUCAUUCAGCUUCCUUGAGUCCAUUGAAGUCUGGGCCUCAAAAUUGCCACACCAUGUAGCCCGCAAGAAGAUUCCUUGCGUCAACUUGGGGACGGGGGAGAUCGUCAAAGUUGAGAGACCCAACGGGAUUAAGCUCGAACAGUUUGUUUUCGAUGUGUUUCCAUUGCUGCCGCUUGACAAAUUUGCCUCGAUUGAAGUCAAGCGGGAAGACGAGUUUUCACCAUUGAAAAAUGCCCGUGGCACGGGGGAGGAUGACCCUGACACUAGCAAGAGAGACAUCAUGCGACAAGGGGAGCGAUGGGUCCGCGCUGCUGGGGGUUUAGUGGAGAGUGAAUCGGAGGACGCUGCUGGCGUUGAAGUUUCUCCGUUGAUAAGCUAUGCUGGAGAGGGGUUGGGGUUCUUGAAGGGUCGAGUCAUCAAAGCACCAGCGGUAAUUGAAAGCGAGAAAGCAAAUGCUUGA